AUGACCGAAGCUGUGUCGCAACUGCAGGAGAUCUCUAUUCCGCAUAACGACAAAGACUUGUCCACAUAUAGUAAAGUCUUGGCGAUAUAUACGCGGAACAGAGAAGAUUACAGUCUUUAUGCUAUUAAAGACAAACAAAAAGCAGUUUUUUCUCAGGAAUGGGCUUCCUUUGUUGAAGUGUUGAGAGCAGUACCUCAUCGUGAGGUCGAAAAGUCCGGCAUUACAGAAUACCUUAUCGAGGCUCCAGCAGCAGAAAAAUUCUCUGGCAUCAAUGGACUGCCCAUCAAAGUUUCCGAGUAUCGUAGGAAAGACGAAACGCAGUUGCGCGGCAUCAUCACUACGAUUGAGCAUGAAAAUGAAUUUAAUGACUGGCUCGUCGCUCAUAUACUAGAGUCAGCCCGUUUGCACGAUGACGAAACCGCCAAAAUGCCGAGUUCCAUCCCUUUCGAUGAGUUGUUCACCGAUUAUUUCGCCCAAAACUUGAAAAACUCGGUUGCAAACGACAAAUGGGAGAACGGUGGACGCCAUAAUUUCAUCAAUUCGGUCAGGUAUUUCACAGAUAGGAACCUGCGCAUUGAGUGUAUUAUGCCCGCUUUUCCUUGUAAAUCAUCAAAUAUGGAGAAAGUUCACGGUGCGGUCCCUGAUAAGGGCGAAGAACUGGCAUUGAAACGCCUAAUAAAGGCGACACAAGAGGUCCAAAACUUCUACCCGCCUGGAAUGAAAGUCUGGAUCGUCAGUGAUGGACAUGUCUUCAGUGAUUGCAUUGGUGUUGAUGAUGACGUGGUGGACAGUUAUACGGCCAAAUUGCACGAGCUGUAUCGGAAAAUCUCUAUACCAGGUGUUGAUGCGGUCGGAUUUGCUGGCUUGAAAGAACUUUUCUUCAAUGAUAGUAUUACAAAUUCAACAUUGUACGAGGACAUGGUAGAGGACGUUGAGCUUCCUCACUAUACGGGAUCCAAAAUCUGCGAUCUUUCUGAACUAUCUCGUAAAGUUUUGAUGAAAGGAUUUGAUACUGACGAUGGGCGUUUGAGAAGGCAGAUACUUAUUCCUAACCACCCAAGGCUUCAAUUGUUCCGCGGUUUCUCCAGAUUCAUGAUGGAUGACCUUUGCCAUUUGUCCCAUUUCAAGGGUAUGUCAAAAAGAUGCUUCAAAAAAGUCGUGUCGAAAGUUGCCUUUGAAAUGAUAAAGAGAAAUGAUGCUUAUUCCAAUUUGGUGGAAGUCAUUUUUCCUCAUCACGUAAGACUAUCCAUUCAUGCACACGUCAACAGUGGACCAAAGUACGGAGUUAGGUUAAUUUCUAGCGAUCAAUGCCGCAUUGUAAGAUCAUUGGAUGACAGUGAAGAGCCCAAAUUCGAGGAUCUGCUUCACAUACCAACACCUUGGCACAAUUGUGUGAUCAAGAUUGAGGGAGAUAAGAGGUAUUACCUAGCAAAGUCCAAACUUGUCACUGAUGCAAUUGCAACUGGCCUCUAUCAAGGGAUCUGGAAUGAGGCAGAUGGAGUCGUUGACGCAGGUGGAUACUAUUCGAUAAAGCGCACCUUCAGCAAGCAAAGACUAAUGUAA